AAGUGAUUACAUUUCUAAUGAAACAUUAGAUAAAACUAUAACAAAAUUUUGGGAAUCGGAUCAAAUUCCUGAAUCAUCAAAUAAAGUUGUAUACACAGAUUUAGAAAAGGAAUGUGAGCAACAUUUCAUUGAUAACACAACUCGUAACGCAGAAGGCAGGUUUUGUGUCAAACUACCCCUUCUUUCAGAACCAGACUGUCUAGGUGAUUCAUUUAGAUUAGCUAGGAGACAAUUUUUUGCGUUAGAAAGGAGAUUUAAAAACAAUUUAGAACUGAAACUUUUAUAUUCUAAAUUCAUUGAAGAAUACCACAAGCUAGGGCACCUAUCUAAGUCAGAUAGUUUGAUUCCCAAUCAAUCCUACUUCAUUCCACAUCACGCUGUGUUGCGGCCAGCAAGUGAAUCAACGGCAUUACGUGUAGUGUUCAAUGGAAGUGCUAGGACUACGUCAGGUUAUUCUAUCAAUGAUCUACAAAUGACAGGACCCCACAUUCAAGAUUCUCUGUUCAAUAUAAUACUGAGAUUUCGCCAGUACGCUUACGUUUUGUCUGGAGACAUCGAAAAGAUGUACAGACAAGUGCAGGUCCAUGAAAGUAACCGUAAUUUGCAAAUGAUUUUGUGGCGUAGUAACGAAACUGAACCGUUACAGUCAUUCAAUUUAAACACGGUUACCUACGGGUAUACCAGUUCAAGUUAUUUAAGCACUCGCUGCUUAUGGCAGCUAGGUGAAGAGUGCCAUGAUUCUAGGAUAAAAGAGAUCAUACAAAACGAUUUUCUGGUUGAUGAUUUAUUAACUGGUAGCAAUAAUCAGGACGAUUUAUUACACAUCAAAAGAACAAUAGAGAGUUGUUUAUCAAAGGGUUGUUUUAAUUUACGCAAGUAUCGUUCUAAUGCUCCAUCAGUUCUCGCUGAUUCACAAAACACAGAAGGUAAUCUAGUGAUUAGUUCAUCUUCCCAUACAUUAGGAGUUGGCUGGGAUCCAAAAAAUGAUCUUAUUCAAUUUCCUAGUAGUUACAAAAUUAAAAAGGAUUCCCCAACAAAACGAUCAAUUUUGUCAGAUUCAUGUAAAAUUUUUGACCCGUUGGGCUUAUUAAGUUCAAUUACUAUUAAACCAAAACUAUUAAUCCAGAAGUUAUGGAUUGAAAAGGCGGAUUGGGAUACGCCUGUUAGUCAGGAAGUCAUACAAUCAUGGCAAUCAUUUGUCAACAGCAUAGAAAGCAUACAAGAUAUAAACAUUCCCAGACAUGCAUUUAGUAUCAAUGAUAGUAGUGUAGAAUUACAUUGUUUUUGCGACGCGUCUAAGGUUGCAUUUGGCACAUGCCUUUAUGUAAGGUGUAUAGAUACAGAUGGCGCAGUUACAGUCCGCCUCUUAUGUGCCAAGGCCAGGGUAGCAUCAGUGAAGCCCACGACUAUCCCCCGCCUUGAGCUAAGCGCAUGCCUGCUCGGGGCGCAACUCGCAGCCGCCGUGUGUCGCGCUCUGCGAUGUGUCAUUACUCGCAAGUUCUUUUGGACGGACUCUUCUAUCGCGUUGGCUUGGUUAGGUAUGCGAUACGACAGAUUAAAAACGUUUGUCGCGAAUCGGGUAGGUACUAUCCUAGAGUUAACUGACGACUCUCAAUGGCGUCAUGUACCUUCAGACCAGAAUCCCGCAGACCUUGCUUCACGCGGCAUAUCCCCAUCGGAUAUAAAAAAUUUAGAUUUUUGGUUCAACGGCCCCUCAUUUCUUUCACAACCAGAACACACAUGGCCUACACUGAACACUAAACCUAAUGAUUUAAAUGAAAUACCUGAAAUAAAAACAGUAAAAAUUAAUACAUGCACAGAAAAUACAAACAAUAAACUCAUAAAUUUUGAAGAUCAUUCUAACCUAAACCGUUUACAACGAUCAUUUUCAUACGUACUACGUUUCAUUCAUAAUUGUAGAAACAAACAAAGAAAGACUGGUAUUUUGCAGCCUGAGGAGCUCACUGCUUCUCUUGAAUGGUUGGUAAAGCUAGCCCAAGAGGAAACUUUCUCAAAGGAGCUCAAUAUCCUGAAAAAUAACAAACCACUCAAUCCGAAGAACCCAUUGUUAUCUUUAAAUCCAUUUCUGGACUCUAAUAAUAUUUUGAGAGUGGGAGGACGUCUAGAUUCUUCUUGCUACUCAUUUGAAAAGCGUCAUCCCAUGCUUCUUCACUCAAAGCAUACGCUUACAAAGUUACUGUUUCGUCGUGAACACAUACGUCUUCUUCAUGCUGGUCCACAGCUAUUACUUUCUUCCAUAAGGGAAUAUAUUUGGCCAAUUGCUGGCAGAGAUCUAGCUCGUACUACAGCAAGACAGUGUGUAGUCUGUCGCAAAGUAAGCGGUAAAACUACAACUCCUAUCAUGGGAUCGUUACCUAAACAACGUGUUGACCCAGGGUUUCCCUUCUUGAGUACUGGUGUUGACUUUGCCGGACCAUUUUUAAUUACAGACAGAAAAGGAAGAGGGUGUAAGAUAACUAAAUGUUACUUAUGUCUAUUUGUUUGCUUCCGGUAUAAAUGCUUGCAUCUAGAAGCUGUAAGUGAGCUUUCGAAAGAUUCUUUUAUAUUAUCAUUGCGUCGUUUUAUCUCUCGACGCGGGAAACCAAGGGAAUUCUUUUGCGAUAAUGGCCGGAAUUUCGUUGGUGCAGCCAGGGAAAUCGGCGAAUUCCUUACUUCUAACUCUGGGCAUUUCCUAAUUGGUCGUCCAUUGCUGUCAUUUCCAUCACCAAAUUUAGAAGAUGCUAAGAUGAGCAGACUAGACCGUUACCAGCGAUUAGAGUAUAUCCGUCAACACUUUUGGAAUCGAUGGCAACGAGAAUAUGUCACGGAGAUGCAACAGAGGCAAAAAUGGCGCAUUCCUACUAGACAACUGCAAAUAGGCGACCUGGUACUUCUGAAAGAAGAGAAUCUCCCCCCAAUGUCUUGGAGGCUAGGACGUAUAACAUCUCUGUUCCCAGGAAAGGACAACGUAGCUCGGGUGGCUGAAGUCAAAACUACCCAUGGUACAUUCAGAAGAGGAGUGAAGUACCUCUGUCCUCUGCUGGAGCCUGCAGACACCUCUUUGGAACCUGAGGAUUCCAAGGCCCCGGAGUAUGUUCAGUCCCAUCACUAG